AUGACCUCCGCAUAUUCGGCUGUGUCAACACAGCCGUCAGCGAAACCAGCAGCAUGCCACACAAUUACUGCUCUGAAGAGGUGGCGGUGCAAUCCGGAAGACAAGGACCUGCCGCCGGUAUCCGAGGUGAAGGCGAUACAUGUCUACGAUUUUGACAAUACAUUAUUCGCGAGUCCCCUUCCCAACAAGGCGAUAUGGGCCGGCCCCACUCUCGGUCAGCUUGCCGCACCCGACGCGUUCCUCGACGGCGGGUGGUGGCAUGACAAGACGAUUCUAGCAGCCACAGGAGAGGGUGUAGAGAAGGAAGAAGCUCGAGCGUGGAAUGGGUGGUGGAACGAACAUGUCGUGUCACUGGUGGAGUUGACAAUGCAGCAGAAGGAUGCGCUAUGUGUGCUCCUUACUGGCCGGUCAGAGGCAGGCUUCUCCGACUUGAUCAAGCGCAUUGUCAGGAGCCGGAAUCUUGAAUUUCAUAUGAUCUGUCUGAAACCGACGACUGGCCCUUCCGGGCAGAAGUUCAAGUCGACCAUGGAAUUCAAGCAGGCGAUUCUCAAGGAGAUGGUCUACACGUACAAAGAUGCAGAGGAGAUUCGAAUAUACGAGGAUAGACCGAAACACACGAAAGGAUUUCGCGAUUUCUUCUUCGACUUCAACAGAGACCUCAUGGCGAACCGGCUUCCCACGUCACGACAACCCAUCAAAGCGGAAGUUGUACAGGUCACCGAGAACUCCACCCAGCUCGAUCCCGUCACGGAAGUUGCAGAAGUACAGCGGAUGUGCAAUGCACACAACCUUGCGAUCAAGGCAGGAACCGCGGCACCGGGAGCCGUUCCGUACGAGAUCAAGAAGACCGUCUUCUACACGGGAUAUAUGAUUCCGCCCGCUAUGAGCGAGAAGUUGAUGACGCUAGUAAAAGCACAGGCGGGCAACGCGAAGGAUGACAUCAAACAGCUCGCCAAUACCAUCUUGAUCACACCCAAACCUUGCCCCAAGAGCAUCCUGGACAAAGUUGGAGGUAUAGGUGCCAAGGUUAUGUGGAAGGUGACUGGCGUCUCCUGCUUUGAGAAUAAGAUCUGGGCAGCAAGAGUAGAGCCAGUCCCAAAGUCAACGAAGAUCUACUCCGAGAAUCCGACACCGACGGUUGUGUUGGCGAUACGCAGAGGGGGACGACCGGCCGACGCAGCGCGGAUUUCGAACUGGCAGCCCGUUCCGGAUGAUCAGGCCUACAUGUUCGAGACGACGGUCGAGGAGAAGGCGAUGCUGCGGAUUGAGGAGGAGAGGGAGGAGGGAUGGGACCGUGUCCCCAGGAAGGGAUGGGCUCAUCAUAAGCGGGAUCGCUCCGACGAACGAGAUGCCAAUCCCGGCCAUGCAAAGGAGGGACGGUCGAAUUUCUCGCGCCCGGCGAACGGGUUCCAUGGGCGAGGAGGUGGUAGUCGUGGCCGCGGCGGUAACCGAAACAUAUCUGCGCCUCGGGGACGCGGUGCUGGAGGUUACGGCGGGCGUGGUGGUGGUGGGCCCAAAGGCGGGCGAGGUCGUGGAGAACGGGGACUGGGGCAGUAUAGGAGUUUGGACGACGUGGGAAGCCGGCCGGAUCAUGCAGAUGAUGCGCACAGCUACUACUAG